AUGGGACUGAUCUUCGAUUCUGUCAAGGAGCAUGGAGGCAGUGAGAUGAAGUCCGUGGUACAGGCACACGGCUACCGGUUUGGUGACAUCCCCAACGUGCACCAGUUGCGUUCAGAUGUUUGGAGGAUGCUGGCAGUGGCGCGUCCAGCUCAAGUUGUCGCACGGCUACCAGUGGCAGCCGCACCAGGGGGCAGAGCACCACCACCGCCUGAGCCAGCUUUGCCAUGGGGCUUCCGAAAGACGUGGCUCAAUGGGCAUUCUACGGAGAAGACGGGGCUCACCAAGCACCCUGGUACGACAGGGGACUCUGGUGGUUCGGAUGACCAGGAGCACCGCCAGCCCACCCAGCAGCGCAGUUCGUUGCAACAGGCGCGGGACCAUUUGGGCAACACUGGAGCAUACGGCUUCCCGGAGGACUUUCCGCUGCAUGAGGCAGGCCCAUCUAGUGUGCCACGGCGGUGUUGGCGUGAGACGGAUGGUGUUGACGACGAGCAGGAGUCUAUUCUUUCCGAUGAAGAAGCGGAAGUGGAUGCGACACGGCCACAAGACGCGGACGGCCAGCAUGAGGAAUGGAUGCUCCCUUCAUGGCCGCCACGACCUGGCAUGGAGCCACGGCCAGAUCCCACUGCUCCGGGUGUGUGGCUAGUGCCGUACUGCAUGUGUGUGGAGCUCUCUGGGGAGAAUUGUACGGUGCACAACAACAAGGCUGGCGACGACAUCAUCAUGAUGUGCAACGACUGCAUUCAUGCCUUGGAAUGCGUGGAUGGAGACUGCGGCAUGGCCUACCCACGCCACAUCCGGUGUGAGUUCAAGUGGGUGGGCGACAGCGGCCUGUUUGUUCUGCCCCGAUAUGGCCCCAACAUUGUGCCCCAUUGCCCCGCUGUCACAAUGGUGCUGGGCUGCAACAACGUCUUCAUGCUGGCCUGCGAGCUCGACCGUCAGUACACCGCAACAGUGGAGAAACAGCUUGUACUGCCGGUCCCCAUGUGUGACCCCGAGGUCCUGGAGGACAUCCUUGUGCAAACAGAGGUUGUGGCCCGCCGAACCAUGCACUAUGCCACCAAGUAUGUCGCCAAGGCCACGUCGCAGUGCCCACACUCCACAAAGAACCCCCUCAAUGUCCACACCCUCGACGACCAGGGCAGGGAGACAGUCCUCAGGGUGCGAUGUCACAACGUCCCUCUCAGAGACGCCUAUGCUGUCACGGACUUCUUUGUCCAGGGGUGCAGUUUCAAGGAUGACUGCUGGAUCGUCGACCUCUGCCCACCGCCAACUGGCAUCAAGUGUGCAUGCCUCUUUGUCAUCCUCAUGCGCUACAAGUCCAUGGACCAUAUCCGCCUCCUGCACCCGCUCUACAACAACGCCUAUGAGAAGGCACAGGUCAUCAAGGCAUUCACCAAAGCAGCCACCAUCCACCCGGACCUCGACGCAGAAAGCAAACUCCAGACCGCUGCUGCACAACGUACCCGGGAACGAUACACAGCACUCUUCCAGGAAGCACAGCGACUCGUCGACAGCCGGACCGCGAACCGCCCACCACCGCGCUGA